UUUCUGGAGGCCAAGAAUGCCCAUUCUGUCCUGAAACGGUUCCCUCGUGCCAAUGAAUUCCUGGAGGAGCUGCGCCAGGGUACCAUCGAACGAGAGUGCAUGGAGGAGGUCUGCAGCUACGAGGAGGUCAAGGAGGUGUUUGAGGACAAAGAGAAAACGAUGGAGUUCUGGAAGGGGUACCCGAAUGCAGUCUACUCAGUUCGAGACCCUACACAAAGCCCAGAUGCCAUGUAUGUGGUUGUUCCCCUUCUGGGGGUGGCAUUGCUGAUUGUCAUUGCCUUGUUCAUCAUCUGGAGGUGCCAGCUGCAGAAAGCCACACGACAUCACCCCUCGUAUGCUCAGAACCGGUACCUAGCCAGUCGCGCAGGGCACAGCCUCCCCCGGGUCAUGGUGUACAGGGGCACUGUGCAUAGCCAGGGGGAGUCCUCUGUGCACCGUGAGGCAGGGAGCAAUCCUCAGGUGGUGCUGGGGCCUAGUCGAGGGGGCAGAACCACGGUCCGCCUCGAGAGCACCCUCUACCUCCCUGAGCUCUCUCUCUCCAGGCUGUCCAGUGCCACCCCUCCCCCAUCCUACGAGGAGGUAACUGCACCCCAGGAGAGCAGCAGUGAGGAGGCAAGUGUCUCUUACAGUGACCCACCCCCAAAGUAUGAGGAGAUAGUGGCCACCAACCCUGGCUCAGACAAGUAGUAGGACUCAUGUCCUGUCCAGCGUGAAAGCCUCUUUCAGGGGUCUCUUAUUUUAUUUUUAACUUCUUAAAGACUGUGCCACCACAAAACAGCCUUAGCCUCCUUGUUGCCAAAUAAUUUCCUAACCGUGGAUUUGUAGGAAGUCAGUUGUCAGAGACAGGUGGAGGGGGGUAGGGAACACACCUGCGUCAAAGCCCCUGGGGAGAGCUACAGGCCAGAGAGUCCAGCUCUUCCAGAAGCUCCCAUGCUCCUGCCAUGCUGUCCUCUCAUCAGGAACUGGCUUCUCUUAUGCCAAAGGUAUUACCCCAUUGAGUUGAUUGUGGCCAGAAUGUCCAUAGGCUCAGGCCCUGGGGCUGUGCAGCUGGCUGGAGACCUGUCUGUGUUUGGAAGCCUAGGCCACAGAGAUGAGGGAGAGAAGCUAGCCCUUCAGCAACACCCUUUCCUCAACAGUCCUGUGCUUUCUGUCCUUGCUUACAUUUUGAGGACAGGGACAGGACUGAACAAAAAACAAAAACAGUAAUAACAAAUAAAUGACCAACACAAUAAAACAAAACAAUAUAAUGGGCCAUUUAUAGGUGACUGGGGGAAGUCAGCUCUGUGAUACUCCCCUGCCCCAACAUCUGCCCCUACUCCAGAUUAAAAGGAAUAUCUAGAGCAAGCUGGAAGGAGGGCAGGGUGUGUGAAGGAUGAGAAGCAGGGCCUGGCUGCCAAACUGAACAUGAGGUCCACAUGAACUUUGCCAUCCUGGGGGCUAGCUCUGCUUCUAGUGUGCUUGGCCUCCUGAAGACCUUGGCUUUCCAGAUGUGUACUGGCUGUGCUAAAACUGCUACCCGCUGGCAUGAGCCCAAUUAUAGCCCUGGAAAAACUAAUGCUGGUGACCCUGCCUGGGAAGCCCAUGGCCUCUGUGUGGUUGGGGCUACAGGCUGGAGCAGAGAGCUGAAGUUUUCUCCUAAUGAGGUUGAUUGGCCCAUGGGAUGCUUAAACCCAUGAACUUGGCCUCCUCAGCACUGUGCUUUCUGGCUUUGAACUUUUAGGAUUUUUCCCUUUUCACAAGUAGGUGCAAUGAGUUGAACUUGAACUUCAGAUGAUUGAUUUCUCCUUAAUAAUAGUGCCCACCUGGGGAAAAGAUCCUGAAGUGUCCCUUUUUAGAAAUUUCUUGACGGGGGAGAUGGGGAAGCCUGUGACCUGGGGUCAAAGGCCUAUCCAGGGUGUUGCCAGGUGCUGGCAUUUUUAAUAACCCCUUUCUGUGGCCCAGAGGCUGCCUGUGCAUUUCAGUGAGGCUUUGGACAGUAGGGGGGGGGCAGAAGUGACCCAGCCUUUAACUGUCCGUGACCAUGCGAAAGACUCUCGACACCGCCUCCCCCACCCUUGCAUGUCCAUCCUCCUGGCCUCCGUGCCAAAUCAUUUUUCGUCUGUGGUGCUUUAAAAAAUGUAGCAAAUUUUUGUGGGGCCCAAAAGAGUGCACAGCCAGGGUCAUUGGCAACCACAGCAGUUUCAAACCCACUGAGAAGACAAGCUUCUUUCUGUCAAAACAGCUCUCCGAGGCAGGCAUCAGGCCUCAUUCUCUGAAUGAAGCCCUGCCUUGAGGCCACAGAUGACUUCUGGAGGCCCCUCCAGUCCUGAAGACUUGCCCAGGGACAUGCUUCAAGUUAGGAGGCUUCUGUUCUUACC